AAAACAAGGGCCAUAAUAGAAUACGUUCUAGAACUCAUGUGUUGCCAGAAAAUUCUUAACCAUGGCGGACUCUAAACGCAAGGUUUGUAGCUUUUGUUAUUUGUAGUAGUUUUGAAGUUAUUAGACUCUUUCUUUUUAUAAUAUUCUCCAUUAUAUACAUCAGUAAAAAAUUAAAUUGUUUAAUAUAAUAGUGAUCCAAUUUUCAUUUAAUGAAUCAUUGGACAAUAAUUUGUGUGCAAUCUACCGGUUUUACAGUUCGGUUGUUGAAAAGUAAGUCAGUGACUAGUAGUCGUAGUAUAAUAUUAGUAGGCCGACGCCUACACUCCACACAAUCCACUAUACUAUAACUAUAGUAGGUCUACUAUUAACUUGAGUUGAGUCUUAUACUUAAAACUGAUUUUCAAGCUUUUUUAAGUUGUCCAUGCCCCACUUAUGUCCUAUUUUUAAUUUGAAAGUAAUUUUGUCUUGUUCUACUAAAUUUAAUUAGUAAUAAAUAGUAAAAGUACUUAAUAAUAUUAAUAGUAGUAGUACUAACUACUAACGUAACUACUUAGUACUUGUCUAGGAUAUCAGUAUGACUACAACUACCGACAUGAGGAAUAUCAAAUGAAAUAGGAUUGUGUUAGCUGUAUGUAAUGUCAAUAAAAUUGAAUUACUAGAUCUGAGACUGAGAACUAAUCACAAGGCUAGCCUGAACUUUAGAAUUAAAGUUAAAGAUUGUACUACUUAUAACAUUUUCUUUCCUUAGACCUUAGCUGUAGCUAUCCACACCACAAGACUAUUGUUAUAGUUAUUCUCAACUGGAACUCAUUUAACUUUGAAUUAACUGGUCAUUUAAUUUAUUAAAAAUUAUGCCUUCAUAAUCAUAAUCGUCAUAAGCUUUUACUUACAGUUACAGUUACAGUCAGUGGUCAGGAUUCCAGGAUAGCAAUAAUUGGUAAAAGUUUUUUAGUGUAGGGUUGGAAUCGACAAAGUCCAAGGGAUGUGAGGGGUCUAAGUGAUCUCUUUUAGGACUCUUGGUGAAAUAGAAAAUAAUUUUAUUUCAUUUUCAAAAUGUAUUUAAUGUAUACAUGAUCAUCCCUAUGCCAUGCUCUUUUGGAAUAAGACCAUAUAUAUUAAUGAAAAAUGUGCAGACCUUUUUUGGUCCUCCAUCUUCCUCAUUCCUCCAUCUUCCUCAAUCACCAAAGAGUUUAUUCUUUUUUGAUUGAGGCCACUAUAAUAAUAAGGAAUACAUUUAUUUUUUAAUUAAGCUGAAUGAUUGAUCCUUAAAAAAUGUUACAGGCUCUUGAGGAAAAAGAAAAGGGAAAUGCUGCAUACAAGCAAAAAAAUUUUGAUGUUGCACUUCAACAUUAUGAUGCAGCACUGGAGCUUGAUCCAACCAAUAUUACUCUUCUGACUAAUAAAGGAGGUAAAGUGACGGAUUAAAAUCACUAUUUUAGCUUCAAAUCUUGUGCCAUUAUCCAAGUGAAAAUUAAAAAUUGUAAGAAAAACAUGAACAUGUUGUGCUUAGCAAUUUAAUAUACAAUUUACACCAAACAUCUUCACCAAAAUUGAUCAAUUAAGUUUAACGUAAUUAAUUUUAACAUAAAUUUGAUUUUUUUUCACACCUUAAGUUGCUAACUUGUAAUACUUGUUAAAAACAAUUUUCAGCUGUCUUUUAUGAACAAGGAAAAUUGGAUGAAUGCAUAAAGACAUGUGAGGAGGCAGUUGAUAAAGGGAGAGAACAUAGAGCUGAUUACAAAUUAAUUGCCAAGUAUGUUGGAAAUUUUUGUAGCAAUUUUAGUAUAUCUAUGAUAUAAACUGAUUAUUAUAGUUUUAAUCAUUAUAUUCUACAUUGUAGGAAAUUUUUUUUUAUAUUUAUUUAAUUUUCUGUUUAUAUUUUGUUAUAUUCGCAGAGCUUUGUCGAGAAUAGCAACUGCAUAUUUGAAAAAGGAUGAUUUAAAUGCUGCUUUAAAUUAUUACAACAAAAGUUUAACAGAACACAGACAGCCAGACAUAGUAAAGAAAGCACAGGAGGUAAGUAUUUGUUAAUUAUGCUCUAAGGCAUAAUUAGUUUGAUUUGUAUUUUAUAUAACAAAUGAAUCAGUUAGGAUCUGGUGUACUUCCUGAAAUGGGAGAGAGAAAGCUUUUGUGCCUUUGUUGUAAUCAAGAAAUCCAACCAAAAGAAAUGUCAUUGUGGAAUGGGAAAGGAAAGGAAGAGCGCACACUCUUGCGUCACUGAAUUAGAUGAUGAUGUAUGAAGCCAUCUUUAUUUGCAAGAAUCUUUUUACAUGUUGCAAUUGAAUGGAUAAAAACAUUAAGCAGCUACACAUAUUAAAAAAAAGUCAUUGAUGGAGACAGCUAAACAAUAACAAAGUAAUUCAUCUUUGUUCUUGUCGCAGAAAUUUGUUAAAAGUAAUAUUCUUUCAUUUUAGUGUUUAGAAGGUCUAUUUGAGAUUGAUUUAAAUGAAUUGGCUCCCUCAAGGAAAUGUUUUAAAUAUUAAAUGGAUUUUAAUUUCAAAGGUCCAACAAAAGAUCAAAGAAAAGGAACUACUAGCAUAUAUUAAUCCAGAAUUGUCUCUUCAAGAAAAGGAGAAAGGAAAUCAAGCAUUCAAGGAGGGUAUGUAAUUGUUAACCAAGAUGGAUGAGAGACAGAUGGUCAUUAUAUUCAAAUAUCCAGUUGAGCAGCAAGCACAUAAAUACAUAAAAAAAUCAGUUUGCUUUACAUUAAAUUUGUAUUCACCCAAGUAAAGAAAAAAAGCAACUAAAAAUUUUUUCGCAAGAAUUAAAAUCAAGACUAUUUUCAAAACAUUACUAAUAUCUGUUUAAAACAGGUAACUUUCCAUUGGCUGUUCAGCACUAUACAGAAGCAAUCAAGCGAAACCCUGGAGAUGCAAAAAUAUACAGUAAUAGAGCUGCUUGUUACACAAAGCUGAUGGAAUUUGCAAUGGCAUUAAAAGAUAGUGAGGACUGCAUUAGACUAGAUCCCAAAUUUAGUAAGUAUAUGUUAACUUUCUUUGACUUAACUCUUUCUUUCUGGAAUUGAUUUCCGCAUUCUGACAAAAUUAUCCAUUUGCAUAUUUGUUACGCACUACUAUGUUGUCGCUAAACCAGGGGUGGGCAAACUUUUUGUGCGGAGGGUCACAUUGACAAAUGUAAAGCAAUUGGGGGGACCGCAUGUUUAUUAUUUCCAAUUUUUAUGCUGAUAAACAUUUCUCUAUAUUAAAAUCGGUAAUUUCACAUUUUAGCAAUACAUGACAAAAGUCAAGGACUGUUUAAAGAGAAAGAAAAUUUGAAAGUUUAUCAAAAAUGUUGAACCAAUUAUAAUGGUACAUUAAAUGCUGUAAAAUUCAACAAAAUAACUUAAAAAACAAAGUAAUUUAAGAAAAAUUCUAAAUACCUUCAAGGGCCGCAUAAUAUCAGUUGCAGUAGUUUGCCCACCCCUGCUCUAAACCAUCAUAACUUUUUUGUUCUUCAUCAGAAAAUGUUAAGUUUGGUAUGGAAUUAAAGGGGAAUGCAUGCUCUAUACAGACAACACAGACUUGAGUUUAAAUUUUAAUAUAUAAAUCUGAUAAUGAUUUAAGGAAAAUAAAAGUUUUAAAAAAAACUUGCCAAUUGUAACAACAUUUUUGUUGUCUGAACUAUAUCCAUAUGUGCAUCACAAAAGAUCACAUUUAAAAGAAAAAAAUGAAACAUCAGAGCACAUUAUCUAUUGUCACAGCAGCAAAAAAAAAUCUGAAAAAGACCUAACUAUUUCCACUGAAAACAAUAUGUUGCUAUUAGAAAUUUUUGCACUGUAUCCUUUUAUGUACUAAAAUUUAUUAUGGUAAAUGGAAAAUUUACCAUAAAUUUGUCAUAUCUUUUCACAUGGGUUUAGCUAUCUUAAGCCUGAAAACAAUCCAUAUGGAUGUGCGGGUUAGACUCACAUCCAGCACAAACAUAAACCGGUACAAUUCCCCCGUUUCUAUAGUAGUCCUUUUUUGGAGCAAAUAGGCACAUGUUUUGCCUUGAUAAGUCUUGUUGGAAGCAUAAUCAUUUAUUGAGAGUACAAGCUUGUGAAUAAUAUGUGUCUAGCAAAUUAAAAAAUAGUCUAGGGCAUUUGACUUUCAUGUCACAAUAAAAGCUCCAAAUUUACACCUACAUCAAAUUCAAAGGAAACAAAAUAUCUAAAAUUGCACUCAGUUUUAGUGCUAAGAUCAGCAGCUUCCUUUUAGAAUCUGUAUGAUUUAUAGUAGGAACAGUAUUAGCUCUUCUAGAAGGCACUUAAGCUGGGGACUGGGCUGGUUGUUUGUCAGCUGAUGAAUUAUCAAUUUCAUUAUUUUGUCUCUAGUACUUCUAAUACUAGUACUAGGAUUAUAAUUAUAGGAUUCAUCAGAAUCAGCCUCUGCAUCUGAAAUCAUAAAAUCACUGCCUGAAUCGUCAUCAGAGUAAUAUUUUCAACCUUUUAUUAGAUCGAUCACCAGAUGGGUCAGGUCAAGAUUUCAUGUUUGUUAACAAAAAUAAAAUGGACAACCAAAACAACCGCUUCUAUGUAAAAACUUGUAAAGAAAAUCUGGAUGUUUAUCAAAGGGAAAUCAUUCUAAAUUUGAUUAAAAGUAAUUAAAAAAUAAUAGCUAAGAAAAGUACAGAAAUAAACAGGUUUUUACACAACGACACUCCCAACGUUGAUACGUUAGAAACUCAUUUAAAAUCGACGAUGGGAGCUUUGAUCCGGAGAGAAAGAGUUAAGGAGAAAUCUAUUAACUGGUCGUUUUUAAUUAUUAUUAAUUUCUACAAUGUGUUGUUGGUAUUUUACUUCACACUUAAGUUUACUCUAAGUUUCAACUGAAAUUUUCAUUUUUUAAAAAUUAAUUAUUUUUUUUUAUUCAGUUAAAGGUUAUCUCAGGAAAGGUGCUGUAUUGUUAGCUAUGAAAGAACCAACUAAAGCCACCAUAGCAUAUCAGAGGGCCUUAGAUCUAGACACAAAUAAUUCAGUAAGUAGCGUACCCGGUACACGUAAUUGAACCAAAUAUUUUCUUGUUACAGUGAAUCUUUGUCAUUGACUUCACCCACUUUAUUUUCCUUUCUAAAAAACCAUGUUUGUCUUUACACCUCUUCCAAAUUCAUUUCAUUUUAGGUGGUCCACUUAAGUGUUGCAUUUAGGUGGUUUCCACCUGGAACAGAGCAUUUUUUUGUAUCUCUUAAUUUAAAUUUAUAUUUUAGCUUGUACCAAAGUAUCACCAUUAAAACAAAUUGCCCCUUUACAUUUCAAGGAAGCAUUAGAUGGAUAUAGGAAAGCGUUAAUGGCAGAGAGUGAAGACCCAGAGGCUGUAAAGCAGAAGGCCAUGUCCAACCCAGAGGUGCAGCAAAUUCUUAGUGAUCCUGCAAUGCAGAUGAUUCUAGCUCAAAUGUCCAAAGACCCCAAAGCAGCAAGAGAGUGAGUAAUUGAUAUGUGUAAAAAUUUAUUUUAUAUAAUUCUUGUUUUUGUAACUUGCAUCAAUACACACACCACCACUACCGCCCGCCCCCCUGACCAUUAAAAGGGUAAUCAUAUGGCAGUAACCACUUUUGACUCUUGGGUAUUGUAAGUUUAGGAUCCUUAAUUUUACAUUUUCUUGCUAUAUGCAGGACUAAACUUUAUGAUAGGGCUGAUUAGGUUGCAGCUUGGUUGGUAAUGAAAGAAAUAGAGCAAUAACAUGUCAAAAUAUCAGAUUCCUUGUUAAAAUGUCCUUUUUGGCAGAUGAAUGGGUCAGACAAAUAAAUUUAAUAUCAGAAAUAAAUGUGUUAAAUUCCUAUUUAUGUAAGGAUGUUUAUAUUCGUUUUAACCCACACAGAACCCAGUUGCACUGUUUAGGUAAUAUAAAAAUUAUAUUUUCUAAAAAAUUAUUUUCACAGGCAUCUAAAAAAUCCAGAUGUAGCUGCGAAGAUUGAGAAGUUGAUGGAAUGUGGCAUUGUCUCGCUGCGCUGAGUGUCAACAACUUAAGGGAAAACUUUAACACAAUUUAUAAUUGCAGAUAUCUAAUGAACCAAGAAGUGGCUGCUGAGAUUUAGUCACUGAUGGCUAGUGGUAUUGUUAUAAUACUCUGAAAUUUGGCCUUGUUAUAGUUAUAACUUGAUGAUUUCCCAUUUUUUUAGUUUCGUUAUAGACUAUUUGAAAAGUAAGAAUCUUAAAAAUUAUUUGUUGUUUUCUCAAUGAAAUUCAUUACAUUUUGAAAAUGUAUGUUUUUAUUGCUUUUGUAUCAGGUUUUUGUUAUUUUUUUUAAGCAGUAGUGUACGCAACAGAAAUAUUUUCUAAAUACUGCUAUUUCAGGUAUGGCCACCAAUGGAACUGAUUACAAAAUCUUUAUAGAUUUUAUAUGUUAGGGUUAGUGGCAUGUUAUCAAAUUAAUUGGUGUGAAAUGAAACUGAAUAAAUUCAUACAAGUUUAAGGGAUUCUUUGAACUAUUUGAUGGCACUCCAUGUUAUCCAGAUACUGCCUGUAAUGAAAGUCAGUUUGUUUAUUGGAUUAUCCACUUAAACCCGGGCAUAUCAGUAAAAUACAUAAACUUAUGGAAUUCGUAACUAUUGUUUGGAGUAACAUAUUUUAAGGUUUACAAAUUUAUAAAGCCACACAGAAUAUAACGAAGUUAACAAACAACUGAUACCUCCAUGCUACAACAAAUAAAAAACAAAAAAAUCAACCAUCAUAUUACUAUGUAUUGUUAUAAUAGUUAAUUGAAAUGUCAUUAAUUAACCUUAAGACCAGCCAUUGUGUUGUGAAUGGUUAUUUCUCCUUUGAUGUAUUUAAAAAAUAAAACACCUUAUUGUACAUUUAAAAAUAACAACCAUAAGAUUGAUAUGUGAUCUAAUGAUAGAUGAGUUAUUUCAUUCCUUUUCACUUUCAGAAUGAGACACUGCAUAAAUAUUUAACAUUUACAGUCUUUAAAGUUAAGCAAACAAUUUUUCAGUUAUUACACUAUCUGCAUCAUGAUCAAAUGCAACUGAAUGAACUCGAGGAUUUCCCAUGAUUUAACAUAACUAUGAAGUUCAUGAUUUACUUUUUCCCAUGCCUUAGUGCUCAUCAUUUCAAAUUAUAAAAUGUCAUACCCUUUUUUCACAACCAUGUUUGUUUAUAUGAUGGAAUGUUCGGUGGCAUUGGGUAUUCAGGUUGAGACACUGGCAAGUAGGGUGGUUGACAAUAUUAUUGUAUGGUUAAAUUACUAUGCUUUUUCUCUAUCUGAUUAUUCAAUGUUUACUAAUCAGGAAUAAAUGAUAUUUGAAUGCAAAAUCUGGUUUCUGUUACUUUAUUUUGUAAUUUUGAGGCUCAAUCACAUAUUCAUUUAGAAGUGGAAGUUUCAUUUUAAUAGUAAGCCUAGAUAACUAAGUGUAUACUUCAAAAUUUUCGAUAUUUCAAAAGUUAUAACUGAAAUACCUUUUUAUGUUAGCUUUAAUAAAAGCUCUUGGUGAAUCCAUGAUGUAGUUUGUGGAUGGUUUUAUUCACUCUUAAACGAUUAAAAAGCACACAAAAAAUUAAUUUGAAAAGCACUGUAACCUCAUUAGUUUGCCAGUGAGUUGUCUUGUUGCCAGUGAGUCUCUUGUAUCUUCCAAACUAUCAGGGCCACAAAGAUAGUAAACAUUUAAGUCUGAAUCUUAUGUUUAAAUUACUUAAUUCAAUG